CUGGUGCCCAGGGCCAUGCUCCAGAUGCCACUCUCCCUGCAGCGGUGCCUGUGUCACAUCCCCCUGCUCCGGCAGGCACAGCAGCGCCUUGAUCCUGCUCCCGGUCCCAACCCGUCUGUGCUGGGAGAAGGUUGGCUUUUACGACCCACAGCGGGACUAGCAUGGGAGAAGCCUUCUCCAGGCAUGGGCAGCGCUAAGGAGCCGGAGGGGCUGAGGCUGCUGAGCUGCCAGGCCGGGGCCGAGGACGCCUGCGAGCCCGGUGCCAGCUCCCCUGGGUGCCCUCCAGUGGGUGAGUGCCUGCCCGGCUCCGGCUGUGCCGCGGGAGGCCGUGCCGUGAGGACCUGCUGUGUGGCUGCACCGGAGGCCCAGGGCACCAUGGCCAGCACAGUGGUGGAGAAGGUGCCAUCGCCGACAGGCCCAGCUCCCAGCACGCUUCUCCGGGACACCGGCACAGAGCCAAGCGUGGCAGCAACGACAGGGACCUGCGGGGGACCAAGUGGCGCUGCCCCAGCCUGUGGCCCCGCGGGGAUGGAGGUUCCCAGCACCCAGAAGAACACGGCCUCCGUGCCCCCCCUGCCCGAGCCCUGCCUCAAGGCACCCAGCAAGGACGUGGGGAGCGCGCCGGCUCCUGCCAAACACGUGGCAUUUGCGGAGCCUACCGUGGCUGCUGGAGCAGCAGCGGAGCUUCCGAGCCAGGGUCAGCCCCAGGGUGUCACAGGGACAUCCCUGGGCGCUGCACCCCAGCCAAGGGGUGGUGAAGCUCCCAAGAACCUCCAGGGGGGCACAGCAGAGCCCCCUGGCACCAGCACUGUGGGGAGCAAGGGCAAAAGUGAGUCAAGGUCAAACCCCACUACCCCAGGCCAGGGUAGAGCUGAGGAGAGCCCAGCCCGGCGUGCGGAUGCUGGGAGCGGCCAGCAGCCCCAGCAAAGCAAGCUGCUCUGCGAGUCCUACUCCUUUGAGGUGACCCCACCGCAGGACAGCGGGACGCAGGACAUGGGGACACAAGUGGACAACCGAGCAUCCCUGGUGUCAGUGGCCUUGAGUCCCAUGAGCCCCCCAGGUGGGGCUGCUGCUUUCACCUUCCCCAAGAGGGAGCUGGGCUCUGCUGCCGCCCCAUGCCUGCAGCCCUCCACGAAGGAUGCGGAGAUGCAGGUGUCCAUGCCUGUGGAGACGCGCUCCGUGGCCACUGGCCCCAUGACACCAGUGGCCAAGUCCCCGCAGGCCUCGUACCCCGAGGUGCAUGUGAAGGGGACGGUGGUGGAGGAGACUCCGGAGCCCAUCCGGGAGGUGAGCUGGGACGAGAAGGGGAUGACAUGGGAGGUGUACGGGGCCUCCAUGGAGGUGGAGGUGCUGGGCAUGGCCAUCCAGAAGCACCUGGAGAAGCAGAUCGAGGAGAGGCAGGUGGUGGUACCCCCGCAGAGCACCCGCACCGGCUCCGUCAAGGGGGACCCCCGCAAAGGCGAGGAGCCCAAGAGGCAGCCCAGUGUCUUUCGGGCUCUGCUGCAGAACGUCCGGCGGCCCCGGUGCUGCUCCCGCACCGGCCCUGCCAUGGAGUGAGUUGCUGCUGCUGGGGUGGGGGUGCCAUGGGGCUUCUUGGGGGAGGUGAGGGGGGGGUCCCUGCCCUGGCAUCCUGAGACACCCGCUGCCAGUGUGCAGGGCUCCUGGGGCAGGGGGUGAUGGAGCACUGCAUGCUGCAGCACAGCAUCUCCUUUGCUGGGGGGCCCCCUGGCAGCCUGGGGUCCCCCCACCGACCUAGCCCCAUGGAGGUACCCUGGGAUGUGAUGCUGGUGCCCUGUCUCUGUGCCUGGUGGCAUCUGUCAGCACGAAGAAGCA